UUUUACAGAGCUCAACACUAUCGGUGUGUGUGUGUUUUCCAUCCCGUUUACGCUGCCGCACCCUGUCUUAUUCUGUGCGUAAAACCUCCCACGUACAUCACCACGCACGUUUCUUGCACGGGCUCACGGAGGAUAACGGUUCACCUCGCGGACAGGUUGGACUCAGAGAUGGGAGAGGAGGGGCGGUUGUUCAGGCUAUGACACGGAUACACCGGGCGGGAAGGAUGGCUCUCACCAGCCGGGAAAUGUUUUACUUGAUCGGAAUCGCCUGCCUCUGGCUACCACUGCUGGCGGAGGUGGUGGCUGAUGACAGCUAUUUAAAUGAGGUGCAGAACUCAGUGCCUCUGUCCUGCUCUGAGGGGUUCACAGAGCUGGGAUACUACAACGGCACCGUGUCCCAGACAGACUCUGGCGCCCCCUGUCUGAAGUGGACUGAGUUUCCAGACUAUGUCAUGCAGUAUCCGGGCCGUGGGCUGGGGGACCACAGCUUCUGCAGGAACCCGGACCGUGAAUCCAACCCGUGGUGCUUCUUCAGACAAAACUCAGGAGCCAUCGGCUGGGCGUACUGCGACUGUCAUCAGGGUGCGACUCGCCUGGUUGGCAGUUCAUCCUCUGGGAGCGGGCGGGUUGAGGUUUACCUGAAUGGCCAGUGGGGGGCAGUGUGCAACUCUCACUGGACAGACAGAGAUGCCAGCGUGAUCUGCAGGCAGCUGGGUUUUGGUGACAUCGGCACCGCGCUGCAGCACUCCCAGUUCGGCUCUGGCUCUGGCCUCUUCCACUAUGAGCGUCUGGGAUGCCGUGGUGAUGAGGACACCCUGAGUAAGUGCCGGAGUAGGAUGUUCGUCACAGGUGACUGCAGCCAUGGCAACGAAGCAGCAGUGGUGUGCACACCACCAGAAGGCAGUGACCCUCCACUGCGACUGGUUGGAGGCGAGGAAGACUUUGAAGGUCGUGUGGAGGUGUUUCAUGCAGGACGGUGGGGCUCCGUCUGCGAUGACCAGUGGGACGACAGAGAUGCUGAGGUGGUGUGCCGACAGCUGGGUUUUGGGGGUAUUGCGAAGGCCUGGUCAUGGGCUCAUUUCGGUCAGGGUUCAGGUCCCAUUCUGCUAGAUGCUGUGAAGUGCACAGGAAACGAGCUAUUCCUGGACCAGUGUCCCCAUGGCGAAUGGGAGCAGCACAACUGUGACCACAUGGAGGACGCUGGGGUCUCCUGCAGUCCUUAUACAGAUGGCGUGGUGCGUCUGGUUGGAGGAGACAGUCCCUGGGAGGGUAGAGUGGAAGUGUUUCACAACGGCGACUGGGGCACAGUGUGUGACGACCACUGGACCCAGCAGCAUGCAGAUGUGGUCUGCAGACAGCUGGGCUACAGGGGUCAUGCUGAGGUUGUACCAGAUGGGACGUUCGGUGAAGGCGUUGGUCUGAUCCUACUGGAUGACGUCCAGUGUGAAGGAUCUGAGACAUCCCUGCUGGACUGUCAACACGGGAUCUGGGGACGGACCGACUGCUCCCACAGUGAGGACGUGGGUGUUCGCUGUAGAGGAAGAUCCAGCCAAGAGACCAAUGAAGUGCCGGUUAUCGCACCUUCCACAGGUCCCCUGGUUCGCCUCGUGGGUGGCAGCAGCAGGAAGGAAGGUCGAGUUGAGGUGUAUCUCCAUGGCGACUGGGGGAGUAUUUGCGACUCUGGUUGGAAUGACCUGAAUGCAGCAGUGGUGUGCAGACAGCUUGGACACAGUGGUAGAGCAGUAGCAGCUGGAGGGUUUGGUCAAGGGAAAGGACCCAUCCACCUGGACCAGGUGAGGUGCACUGGAAAAGAGGAGUUCCUGGGGGAGUGUCCCUCCCUGGGUCAGAGCACUCAGGGCUGCAGACGCAUGGAGGAUGCAGGUGUGAGGUGUGAUGUCACACCGCAGGAAUCGGCGGCAAAGGCCAAGCCUCAGGAGCUGAGCUGCGGGCUGAGAAAGCUGGUGGAGGAGGAAGGCAAGAGGAGAAACCGAGGAGAAGAAAACACGCUCAGGACUUCAUGGCCAUGGCAGGUUUCAGUGUGGCUUCAGUCUCAAGACAAAGCCGGUGGCCCCCUCUGCAGCGGCACGCUGAUCAGCCCCUGCUGGGUCCUGACGUCUGCGUUCUGCCUCAGCAGGUUUGGCAGCGACCCAUCCAGGUACAUGGUGCGUGUCGGGGGGUCGGAGCAGAUUCUUAUGCCGGAGAGGGUGGUGGUUCACAGGAAGUUUAAGGGGCAGAGUGGAGGCCACGAUGUGGCUUUGCUGAAGCUGCCAAGCACCAAAGGUCACUGUCUGACUUUUGACCCCAACACUAAUGCAGCAUGUCUCCCUGCUGCUGACACCUCAACAGAAGAAAAGACUCCACCUUCAUGUGUUGUCAUGGUUACUACAGGCUGGACAGGACCAGACUCUAUUAUUGCUUCCUGGGUCCCUCUGAUGUCGUCAUGGCAAUGUAAGAAGCGCUAUGGCAACAGCUUCUCCACUCAUGGCACCCUAUGUGCCGGCAGUCCCCCAGACACUAGUCUCCUCCAUGGUGAUGGUUGCCAGGGCAACUCUGGAGGUGGGCUGGUAUGUCAGGAGGAGACAGGCCGAUGGGUCCUUACUGGGGUUGUUGCCGGGGGUUACGACUGUGCUGACCCUUCGUCUCCCGCUCUGUACACAAGAGUCAGCCGCUUCAUGAGCUGGAUCAGUGAGGUUGUCGACACACAAGGACGUCCAGCGGAGGCGCACGCACACACCAAAACACAAAACGACCUGACGCAUGCUGACAGUGACCUCACGCACACACAAGAGGAGCACGCACACACCGAGGGCAAAGAUGAGCAUUUCCACAUGCAUGACAAGCUUAAACACAUUCACAAUGACAUCAGUGAGAUUAAACAGAAACACACACACACUCAUUCACACACUAAAAGUACACACACGUUCUACACAGAAGAUGCCAACACAAACAAACAAAUCGAAGUCUGAUUGAAGCCGAGCCAUUGGUUACCACCUGUGCCAUGUGACCACCUGAGGAGGGAAGAAGGAUGACAAACGCAAAGAAAAGAUGCUCCCAGUUUAAAGUCUCAUUCAUAUCUGAACUCGGUAAUGUGAAUUCUAAGUGUUUGCUAAUGAUAAGUCCAGCAGUGGGUGACACAGAGUGAUUCUUUACAUGUAUGGCAAAACGGAGACUGGUGGGAAGUUUAGGAUGAAGGAUGAGCCUGGCAGAUUUAACAGCAUGCUGAUUGGGACCUUUUAUUGAUACUAAACAGCCCAAAAUGUUUAAAAAUGUAAAAUAAUCAGCACAGCAUGCAUUUAAAGGACAAUAGUAUUUGCAUUAAAUAUCUGAUGGACAUUUUGAAGGUCACCCAAGAAUCUAUGCUAAUUCCUCCUAUUUAUGUGUCCUCUGUGUGAGCUAUAAGACAACUGCAAAAACUAACCUGCAGAACAUCUAGUAUUUAGGCUGGCUGUGUAUAAUCUGCCCCUCUAACAUGACUGAUGUAGAUAAACUCCUGCAGCAGGCAAGGGUCGUUCCAAGUUUUUCUUUUUUAAAUAGGGCUGUUGUUUUCUAACUUUUCUGGUGAAAGUGCUGUAGUUUAUUUAGGAACAAUAAGUAAGCUACUUUACAUAGGACCAUACCACUGAUUUAGUAUGUUACACAGAC